GACAUCCCUGCCUCCACCCCCAAAGGCACAGACAAGAACAGAAAUUGCAGGCAAAGUCAACCCAGAGGCCUUCACCUGCAAGGAUAUUUGUCAGGAUGCUGAAGCUCCAUGUUCUGCUGCUAAUUGCCCUGGUGGGGAAGUCAUCCAUUGGGUUCUCACUGAUGCCCAUCAUUGCGCCCCCAGACCCAGAUUGGACUCCUGAUGACUAUUACUACAGCUACGAGCAUUCCGGCCCAGAUGAAGACCCCAGCGUCACACCGACCUCCCUCGAGAACCCUGACUGGUACUAUGCAGACGAUGAUCCAUGCCAGUCCAACCCCUGUGAACACGGUGGGGCCUGUGUCAUCAGAGGGGACACCUUCAGCUGCAACUGCCCAGCCCCCUUCUCGGGGAGCCGCUGUCAGACUGCACGAAACAAGUGCAAGGAUAACCCCUGUGGCAAGGGUGAAUGCCUCCUUACCCGGGAGCCUCCCUACUACCACUGUGUCUGCAAAUACCCGUACACAGGGCCAGAGUGUUCCAAAGUGCUUCCAGCGUGCAAGCCAAACCCCUGCCAGAAUGGUGGUGUCUGCUCCCGGCACAGACGGCGGUCCCGGUUUAGCUGUUCCUGUCCAGACCAGUACAGCGGGAGAUUCUGUGAAAUAGGUCCGAGUGACUGCUAUGUUGGUGACGGCUAUUCUUACCGAGGCAAAGUGAGUAGGACAGUCAACCAGAACCCGUGCCUUUACUGGAACUCCCACCUCCUCUUGCAGGAGAAUUACAACACGUUUAUGGAGGAUGCUGAGACACACGGGAUUGCAGAUCACAACUUUUGCAGAAACCCAGAUGGAGACCUCAAGCCCUGGUGUUUCGUUAAGGUGAACAGCGAAAAGGUGAAAUGGGAAUACUGUGAUAUCCCAGUCUGUCCAGUCCCAGCCACUGCUGACCCGGUGGGAAGCCUUCUGGAGCCUGCGAUGGAGCUGCCAGGGUUUGCCUCCUGUGGGAAGACAGAGCUGGCGGAGCAUGCAGUCAAGCGCAUCUAUGGGGGCUUGAAGAGCACAGCGGGCAAACACCCGUGGCAGGUGUCCCUGCAAACAUCACUGCCACUGACCACCGCCAUGCCCCAAGGCCACUUCUGUGGGGGAGCCCUGAUCCACCCCUGCUGGGUGCUCACUGCAGCCCACUGUGUCGACAUAAACAUCAAGCAUCUAAAAGUCGUGCUAGGAGACCAGGACCUGAAGAAGACAGAAUUCCAUGAGCAGACCUUCAGGGUGGAAAAGCUACUGAAGUACAGUCAGUACAAUGAAAAAGAUGAGAUUCCCCACAAUGACAUUGCUUUGCUCAAGUUAAAGCCAGCAGGUGGCCGCUGCGCUCUGGAAUCCAAAUAUGUGAAGACAGUCUGUUUACCCAGCAGCCCCUUUCCCUCAGGGACUGAGUGCCACAUCUCCGGCUGGGGUGUAACAGAAACAGGAGAAGGGUCCCGCCAGCUCCUGGAUGCUAAAGUCAAGCUGAUUGCUAACCCUGUGUGCAACUCCCGCCAACUCUAUGACCAUACAAUUGAUGACAGUAUGAUCUGUGCAGGAAACCUUCAGAAGCCUGGAUCAGAUACUUGCCAGGGUGACUCGGGAGGCCCUCUAACCUGUGAAAAGGAUGGUACCUACUAUGUCUAUGGGAUUGUAAGCUGGGGCCAGGAAUGUGGGAAGAAGCCAGGUGUCUACACUCAAGUCACCAAGUUCCUGAAGUGGAUAAAGACCACCAUGCAGGGGGAGGCUGGCGUUUGAGGUGCUGUCCGCAGACCCUGGAAGCCCUUCUUCCUUAGCACCGGACAAGAGGGGUUUCCUGGGCAGCCUGGAUGUGCUGGGGCAGUGCUCUGGACAGAGGUACUGCUGCCUAGCCUGGGCUGUUCCAGACUAAGCUUGCACCAUUUCAUGAGGCCCACUCUGAGCACCCCCACCCCAGAAACCAACAAGAAAUCCACUACCUUCUCUCCCUCUAAAACACCAGAAUUCAGAGACUGUCUUCACCAUGGAUACCAGCAAAUGUGACACCCCUGAAUGCCCAGCGCCAGGGAUGGUACCUUGACCCUUACUCCUCCACCCCACCAUCCCGGCAGGCCUCCACAGAACCAGCCAGUCUCACCCAGCCAUCCGAGAGAAGCCCCCCAAAACACAAGCUCUUUUGUUUGCUUUCAGAGUUCUUGUUUUAAUAAAGGCAGGUAUGGGGAUAGGAAGGGAGCGCCUUUGUUUAAUCACUCAUCCAGACCGCGGCCACACAGGCCUGUCUCCAGCACGAAGCCCUCUAUGGCAGCUUCCCUCUUCAGAAGGCUCACAUAGGCAGAGUCUUCUUCCUGUUGAUGUGCAGGAUCUCUGAGGCAUCCGGGUUCACGUCCCUGCUCUGAUGAUCUCCAAGCUCCGUUGCCUCUGGCCCCACCUGCAGAAAUCACACAUACCCCCCUGAGUUCACACGAAGCCCCUCGCUGCUCCCACAAGCCGUGCUAAGAUGCCCGGCAAACAUCUAACACAUUCGCCUCCCCUUCUUUGUCCUCUCUUCCACCCCACCCAAGAAAAAAAAGGACCCUCAAGGCAAAGAUGAGAAAGAAACGAAGCCUGCGUCUCAUUUAGAUGUGGCGUCUCUCUUCUGAACAAAGUCGGGUUCAAAACGUAGACUGCUGGAGCCAGCGAGUCCCUGACCCUUCCCGUGCAUGUAAGAGCAAGCAGUCAGCACGGCGUGGGCUGCCCAGGCCCGGGAUUGAUGUCGCCCUGCUAGCUUUGCCUCUGCAGAACUAAUGGCUGUGACUUCAGAGGAAGCCCACAGGAAGUUUAACCCAUGUGUCAUCUGCCUGGUCAUCUCAGACCCAUGAAAUUAGGCGCCUUGUUCAGCUGCCUUUCACGCUUCUUUAGAACUAGCUGACCUUUGGCCAAAAAUAAACUUUGAAAAGCAACAAUGA